AUGGACAUUCUUGAUAAUAUUGUUGAAACUGCACAUUCUAUGGAUGAAAGAUCCAGGGCAACAAGAUAUAUCAGAAUUGCUCAAACUUAUGAGGUUGCAUUCAUGUUGCAUUUGAUGAAAGAAGUUUUAGAAAUUACUAAUGAUCUUAGUACAUGUUUACAAAAAAAGGAGCAAGACAUUGCAAAUGUUAUGCUACUUGUUAAAGUGACCAAGAUAAGGCUACAAGAGUUAAGGGAAAAUGAAAUAUGGGAUUUAUUUGUUGUUGAGGUUUUUGCAUUUUGUAUCAAGUAUAAUAUUGUGGUGUCUAAUUUUGAUGAGUCGUAUGUUAAUUCUGGAAGAUCACGGCGUAAAUCUGAUGAUUAUACUUUUUUCAUCAUUAUCGUGUUGAACAUGUGUCCACUUGAGAAUCAACUAGCAAAUUACAUUAUUGAUGUCCGUGAUAUCGAUAAAAGGUUCUCUGAUUUACAUGGGCUUUGUGAUCUUUCAAAAAAAUUGGUUGAGACAAAAAAACAUUCAUGUUAUCCUCUUGUUUUUCGUUUGGCGAAAUUCGCUUUACUUCUGCCAGUUGCCACUGCAUCCAUUGAAAGAGCUUUUUCGGGAAUGAAAUUUAUUAAGAAUAAGUUGCAAAGUCGAAUGAAUGAUGACUUCUUGAGCGGUUGCAUGGUUCCUUUUAUGGAGAGGGAUGUGUUUAAAGAUGUUUCAACGGAUGAUAUUAUUUUGUCUUUUCAAGCAAUGAAACCUCGUCGAAUAGUAUUAUAA